GCCGGGUUACGCGCCGACGUCUGGCUGCCACGACUUGCCGUCUGCGGCGGCGGCGAGCGGAGCCCGGAGGGAAAGGAGGAGGGAAGCCGGGGGGCUGCGAGGGCCGCGAGUGAGCGGCAGGGUCUGAGCGGGGGCCUGCCCCGCGCCGGAGCCGAGUCAUCUUUUUCCCCUCCCUUCACCCACCCCUUCCUCCUGCUGAUCUCCUCCUUCCCCUCCCCCCUUUCUCUUCCUCAGCUCGGCUGCUCGCGCGGGCGCCCGCCAGCCCGUCAGCCUCAGCUAGAGCCGCAGCUCGCGCCGCCCGGGACAGGUGUGUGCGCGUGCUCGCCCUCUCUCGCCCUCCCCUCACCUGCUGCAGGACAGCGCCCGGAUCUCGCGAGAUCGGCUGGUUGGCUGUGGGGGUUGCAGCAGCGGCGGCGGCGGCGGCAGGCGGAGCCGGGGGAAGGGAAGGCAGCGGCGGCGGCGGCAGGCGGAGCGGCAGGCGGAGCGGCGGCGGCGGGCGGCCGGCUGAGCGGCAGCAUCAUGGCGGACCGAGACAGUGGCAGCGAGCAAAGCGGAGCGGCGCUGGGCUCUGGCGGCUCCCUGGGGCACCCGGGCUCUGGCUCGGGCGGCGGCGGGGGCGGCGGCGGCGGGGGCGGCGGCGGGGCCCCGGGGGGGCUGCAGCAUGAGACCCAGGAGCUGGCCUCCAAGCGGGUGGACAUCCAGAACAAGCGCUUCUACCUGGACGUGAAGCAGAAUGCCAAGGGCCGCUUCCUGAAGAUCGCCGAGGUGGGCGCUGGGGGCAACAAGAGCCGCCUCACGCUCUCCAUGUCGGUGGCCGUGGAGUUCCGUGACUACCUGGGCGACUUCAUCGAGCACUACGCACAGCUGGGCCCCAGCCAGCCCCCGGACCUGGCCCAGGCGCAGGAUGAGCCGCGCCGGGCGCUCAAGAGCGAGUUCCUGGUGCGGGAGAACCGCAAGUACUACAUGGAUCUCAAGGAGAACCAGCGGGGCCGCUUCCUUCGCAUCCGCCAGACGGUCAACCGGGGGCCCGGCCUGGGCUCCACGCAGGGCCAGACCAUCGCCCUGCCGGCCCAGGGGCUCAUCGAGUUCCGUGACGCCCUGGCCAAGCUCAUCGACGACUAUGGCGUGGAGGAGGAGCCGGCCGAGCUGCCCGAGGGCACCUCCUUGACUGUGGACAACAAGCGUUUCUUCUUCGACGUGGGCUCCAACAAGUACGGGGUGUUCAUGCGGGUGAGCGAGGUGAAGCCCACCUACCGCAACUCCAUCACUGUCCCCUAUAAAGUGUGGGCCAAGUUCGGCCAUACCUUCUGCAAGUACUCCGAGGAGAUGAAGAAGAUCCAGGAAAAGCAGAGGGAGAAGCGGGCUGCCUGCGAGCAGCUCCACCAGCAGCAGCAGCAGCAGCAGGAGGAUACAGCAGCAGCAACCCUGCUGCUGCAGGGGGAGGAGGAGGGGGAGGAAGAUUGAUCAAACUGUAAAAAACAUAAACACACAUACACACACAGAGAGGAAAAAAAAAACUAUACUAUAAAGAAAGAGAGAAAAUAAAAUUUAAAAAAUGUAAAAAAAAAAAAAAGUAACUGUUAACUCCAAGGGAGCACCCACCACCCACCGAACCUCCACCAACUGACAGUUUCUCUUCUUGACUUGCCACCCAUCGCUGGAUGUUGUCCACUUUAUCCACCAUAUAAAACAGUAAGCAGCUGCUAAAACAAAACAAAAAAAAAAAAACAAAAAAGUAAUAACAUUAUAUAUGAACUGUGUUUCCUACUUGAUUAAAAAAUAUAAAGAACUGAGUGUUUAUUUCCCUAAUUAACCAAGAACUUUUGUACACGUUUAAGCUAUUAUUAUUAAAAGUGUUUGCAAAAUGGUCAAGAUUAUAAUAUUGCUGAAUUAUAUUAAAAAAAAGUCCUUUUCAUGUUGAGCUAACAUUUGACUUUAGCACAAAAAAAAGAGAUAUUUUAGAACACGUAAAAUAAUAUUUUUAGUUUUUUCUUCUCAUUUUGUUACCAAAUUUCAAACCUUACAUGGAGGUUAUUAUAGUAUAUUUGACACCCUAUAUACCUGUGAUUAGAGAUGUGUAUAUAUAUGAGGGCUAGGCAUGCUGUGUGUCUGAGCUUUGUCUAAAUGUUAUGCAGAAGUUUGUAGAGUUAAAGGUACGUAGGUUUAAUUCAUGCAAGGUAAACAAUAAGUGCUCUCUUUUAUACAAUAUGCAUUGCAUCUGGACCUUAAACAUAUAAAAUGGUCAGUGAAACUUCUGUGAACAUGAAGAAAAUUAUUAAAAAAGGCAUUUAAAUGAAAUUUGCUAAGUUGUGAUUUUUACGGUUUGAACCAAAGUUAUUCAAAUAGUAAAAAAAAAAAAAAAGAAAAAGAAAAAAAGAAUAUCUCCUCCCAUAAUAUUUUUCUGCUCCUGUUUGGUUUACAACUAAGUAGGCGUAUUGUCAUUAUUGUGUAUAUGAGAUGUACUUGUAUUGUUCAUAAUAUAUUUUUUUUAUUAUGUGUAGAAAGAUUUAAAGUACUUACCUUAUGUGCAGCAAUUUCCAGUGAACCUGUAUUUGGACAACAGGUAGUGAGUCUUUGUGUGGUCACUGACACUAGCACUGUUUCCUAAACUUGCAAGAGGUCUGAAGCUAUCCUUUGAUUUAUGCCAGUGCUAUUAAUUUAUGUAGGCCUGUUAGAAACCAGUGCAACACAAUUAUAGAGUUAUCCUACUGAGCCAUGGAUUUUGAGUUUCAUAUAAAAGUGAAAGCCAAGUUGGUGUAUGUAAAGGAUUUCCAUGUAGCUGUGGUGCUAGUUAUUACUGGCUACAUUAUAUUCUAAGUGUAUUUGUGACCCCAAGUGUACAAGCCUCCUAUCAAGUUUGUUCUUGUAACUCUUAUAUUCAAGGUGUAGGGUAUGAAAAUGCAGAACUUAGGAGAGCACUGAUUUGUCAGCUGUUGUCCUCCAAACUGAAGUUAUUUGUAACUAUAGACUUUUACAGGUUUUCCUUUAAGAUGUUUGUGUGCUUUUAAUUGACAACUAACUUCUUGCUGCUGUAUAGUAAAAUAUUAAUAUAUUUUUAUCAUUAAACUGCUGCAUGACUAUCAUCAUUGAGUGAAGAGAAAAUGUUAUAAAAAAGAUGCCUUAAACAGUACAUUUUUGUUCAGAAUUCUGUAGAAAGCAUUUAAGUAAAUGGAGAAUCUUGUCUGACUCAAAGUUCUGGGGAUGAAAUAAUUUGUUUCUUGACAAACCUAACCAUGUAGAUCUAACUGCUGUAUAUAGAAGACACCACCUGUAGGAACAGGAAGGUAUCUGUGCUUCUCAAUGAUUGUAAAGCAUUGGCCUAGGAAGGUGAAACAGUUGUCUAAAGUAACUUUUCUGCUGGUUCAUUUGGUUUUAUUUUUAUAUUUUAAAAGUUCCCUGGUUGUGUUUUUUCUUUGUUUUUGAGAUCUACUGUAUAUGUUGGAUAAACAAGCUAUUUCCAUUGUACUGUGCGUUUCUCUUUUAAAUAAUUUGCUUUUAGUAUUCAUACAAUGUUAAAAAUAUGAUCUUACAGUAGUUAGGAGUUUCUUUUACUUAAAAAUCACUGGAAAUUAUUAAAUUGCUUUUUUUCUCCCCAAGAUGCAUUUUUCUUAUUUCCAAAUAGUAGAAUUAAGCUUUGACAGUACAUAAUGUGAGUCAUUUGGAAUGCUUUUCACCUGCAUGUAAACGUUGAUUGAUGAUCUGGGAUUUUUUUUGUUGUUGUUUUAAAGUUUGUUGAGCAGUUUUGUUCACUGUACUUUAACUGUGAUAUGGAAAAGAUUGCAUUAUCUGUGCUGUUUCUAGUUAGAGAAGUGAUUGGCUUUGAUUUUUAUUUCUGGUUUACUAUAGGUCUAAAAAGUCAAGCAUUGUAUCACAGGUGGUUGGAAUACUUCUAGAUCAGUGUUUUAUAUUUGCCAGCAGUAAGUAGUGCAAGUCAGCAAAACCAAGUCAAAUUUAAGCAAAGUGACCUUUCUUAUCAUAGAGAAGAGAGUUCUUUCACAAGAUUUUCUUUAGGGUCAGAAUUAUCUAAAGGGAACCCUUGACUAUAGAUUUCAGAUUCUGCUUUGGAAUUGGACCAGAUAGAAGUAUAUGGGUUGUGCAAUUCUAGUUAUGCUAUAAGAGUUGAUUGAACACAAUCUUAGCAAGUUUUUGUGCACAGUGUCUGAUUUGCAGUCAGUGGAUUUUUUUAACCCACAUACAGAUAUACUAAGAUUUACAUGGUGACCAUAAAAAAGAUAAAUAACUGUAAAGAUGCUCCUGUUGCAUCAGUUCUCUUCUCCCCUCCCCACCCUCCCCCACCCCCAACCCAGGGGCUUAGUACUUUACUAUGGUUCAAUAUCUCAGUGUUUUGCAUCUGAAAGUUGUUUCUUUGUUUUUCUUUUAAUGGAACCCUGUUUUUGCUAAAACAAGAAAGGUAAAGGUAUAUUUGACCAUAUGUGUUACUCAAAAAAGACAGUAUGAUCAAAUGUGCCAAAAAAACAAACAAAACCAAUUCCAAACAAGUAUUGCCUUAUUUUCCUUGAUGAUCUGCUUUGUCUUACAAUGGUCCAAUAGCUUGGUCAAAUUAUAUUGCCUGAGCAUGAAAGAAAACUUGAAAUUCAUUGCAAUAUUGACAUUCUUUAAAAUGAGAGACACUGUCAAGUAAUUCAACCCAGAAGAAAAUAGCCACCAGAUUUAAAUACCAAUUGUGGUGGUGGUGAUGGUGGUGGUGGUGGUGAUGGUGGUGACGGUGGUGACGGUGGUAGUGAUUGUGGUGGUGGUGUUUAAUCUUUUAUUUUAAAAGCCACUGUUGAUUUGUGCCUCAUUUUUUUUUUCAUUCAGUCAUCCAGCCACAGAGGGAGCUAAAGUUAACUAACCAGAACUAUACAGAAAUCAUUAUACAUGCUUUUUCACAACAAAGGAAGUUCAUAAGAAAAGCCAUGUUGGCUUUUACUCUAUAAGAUAGAGAUUGGAGGACAGAUGAAUAUUUGCCAAAUAGAAAGAAACAAUAAGAAAAAAAGAAUACUGUUUUCUAGCUUUUCAAAAGCCAUGGAGUCUCUAAACCAAAACCUACCAACAAAAAUCCUUGACAGUGUCACUUUUAAGUUUUCCCUGAAAGGGGUUGAAGUUUAACUAAAGUAUAAAAUAUAGCAGUAUGUUGUGUUGUUUUUUUUAAAGAUUUUACAAAUACUUUUAAAGAAUAGAGUUGCUAUAGUACAGAUGGAUUACUAUCUUGAUCUUUCAGGUAUGCAGAAGGCUGCUAGUAAUUUUAACCCUUUCCUUAUCCAAAGUAGACAAUUAUUUUUAUUUGGGAACAAGUACAUUGUUGCCUUUUAAAAUAGCACUAUAACAGCCUCUGAUAAUUAGUUAUAGUGUAAUCUUUAUCCCUUGCAAACUAUGCAAAGUAAGUAUAAAUUAUGAUUAAAUUAAAGGUAGUUGAUUACAUUUCAAUCAGGUGGCAUUCAGGAAACUAACUGAAUUAUAUACCAAUAAAAACCAUUAGUCUAAGAACUAUGUAUGCUAACAACAAAAUAUAACUUAGCUACCUAGUCUAAAAAUUGUCAACCUUCAUAUUGCGUAACAGGUCUGGGAAAGAUUGCCUCCUUUCUUAAAAAGAGAGAUUAAGGAUUUUUAUAAUUGUUUUUCAUCAAAUUUUAAUAUUUUUGUCAAAUUUUUAGGUAUUUAAUUUGUAAAACAGUCUGCUUUGUACUAGCAUACAGAAAAUAGGGUAUUGAUUUAAACUUUUUGAAGCCAAGUGAUCAAGUACAUUUGUAAUAAAAGUCAAUGCAUCGAUAUCAGUUGUACUCACUGUUUUCAUUUCUUGUACUUUCUAAUGCAGUGGUGUUAUACUUCUGCAGGAGACAUGAACUGAAUCUGGGUGGAUGGGAGGGAGACAACUGAUAUAAUAUGAAUGUUAAAAAUCUGGGUGAUUUUCAUCACUAUGUACCUUAUAUCCUUAAGUCAGUGAAGAUUUGGUUGACCAUAUGAAAUACAUUUUUAUUAAUAUCCUUAAUUUUUGCUUAAUGUUUUCCCACAAAUUUGAUGUUUAUGGGAUUUUUUUUGCUUUUUAUUUUCAUAUCUUUUUUGCAUUUUAUUAAUGUUACAGCUUCAAACUUAGAAACUUUCCUUUUAAGAUAUGGACUUUUUUUGCCAGCAAUGUCAACUCCACUAUAGCCAUGAUUAUUUUUUGCCUUCUGUGUAUUUCUCUCUUUUCUGAAACAUUCCAUCUUUUCUUUUUUUGUGGUCCACAUAUGUGUGUAUGUAUGCUUUUAUACAUAUAUGUACACAUACUUUUCAUACUGUGAAUUAUUUUAUGAAAGAGGCCUGUAUAACUAGGCCUGAUAGCAUUGCAUUCAUGCCAUGCAUAAUUCUUUUUUAAACAUGUAAACAAAUUAAGCUUUUCUUUCCUAAGUUAGAAGUCACAUACCAAAUCUAAUGACUUUAUUCUCAUCCUUUCCCAAAAUGUUUGGAAUGGGUAUAAAAUCCUGACAUUGAUGUACAAGAAUGCUAAAACAAGUUCAUAUUUUCAAUUACUAAUAUUUUGGACAUUUGAUGGCAACUCUGAAUAUAAUAUUUAUAGUUGACAUGUGAUCACUUUGGAGAAUAGAAAAAGUAGAAACUAAAAAUAUCUGGUUAAGCAGUUUUUAAAAUAAAGAAAUCAUUAAGGCGGUUUUUGUAGAGUUUUGUUGUUGACAGAACAUUGUUAGACUGAAAAUGAAACAUUGAGAGAUUAAUUUUCUUUUGAUUGAAUUUUGAUAGUUAACUAAACCUGUACCAGUAAACAGCAGUAAUUGUUACCCUUAUUCUUGCUUUUCAUUCAUUGUAUCUGUGUCAUUUUCCUUGCAGGCCAUUAUGAUAGGAUAUGAGUAUUAGGGAGGGUGUGUGUGUGUGUGUGUGUGUGUGUCUGUGUGUCUGUGUCUGUGUGAGAGAGACAGACAGAUAUCAAAUUUUAGUAUUUGAGAAUGUGUGUUAAGUUUAAGUCCUCAGUCACUAAAAAGUUCCUUUUUAAAAAUAUAACUCCUACAAUUGUCACUUUAGAGGAUGUUGUCCUAACCAUAAGAACAUCAGACCUUCCAGUGUUAGUAUGAGGGAAACAAUACCUACAUAGUACCAAAAGAACUCAGUUGAAAAGUGAAAAUAGCAAUUCCGAAGCCAGUAGUUUGAGAUAAAUUAGCAAGUUUGGGUAUUGAAUAGAUGGUGGCUUAAGUGGCUAUGUCACUAUGGGAAUGUUGAGUACAGGGCAGGUACUGUGUCAAAGAGUUCUUCCUUAAUAUGUGGAAAUACAGAUUCUUAAUGGUGUCCAUAUUAUUUAGUGUAGACUUUUUUCCUUUGUGUUCUGUAAAUAAAGUUCCUUCCUAUGAUUGGAAUGUUGUACCAUUUGAAAUUUAGAAGUUCAAAGUGGUCUUUGUGACCAUGUAUUCUUUGUUUUGAUAUACAUUAGUAACCUCCUAUAUAGUAAGGUCAAUUUUACCAGCAUUUCAUGUGCUAGAAUUUAGCUCAGUUUAAAAAAAAAAAAAAAAGGCAGUAAGUCCGUUAUUACAUUCUUGAUUUGGCUUGCUUUGAUGUUUCAGGAGGCCAUAAAGUUCUGCCAUUAUAUAUUAUUGGGCAGCUAUGUGAUCUCCACAGGAAUAUGUAGAAAUAUACUUGUGAACAUAACCCCUAGCAGAGUGUUUUGUGCAUAGUAGGCACUUAAAUGCUUGUUGAAUGCUUAUUGUUUAAUAUCAAUUACCUUCAGGACUCUACAUGAUGAGUCAGGAACAAGAUGGAGCACAUAUAUCCUUAUGAUAUCCUUCUACCCUUCUUAAGUAGGGGAUAAUUUGAUUGUCACCUAUCUUGACUAUUUCAAGCCAUGAUCAUAACCAACCAAUCUGGUGGUUGGCACUAGAAUGCCCUAGAGCAGAAGCUAGCAACCACUGAUUCCUGUGGAACGAUACUACUUUACACCAUAUACAUCUCUGACAUUUUUUUCUCUGUUGCUUUCCUUCCUUUAUAUUAUAUUCUGCCACUUGGUACUCUGCAUUCUUUUCCCCUUCUUAGGCCUUCGACCUCUCAGUGACAUCUAUACUUGCCACCAUUAGAGGGGCUUGGAUCUAAAGAGAUUGUUGACCCUUGUCCCCGCAGCAUAGCCCAACAUAAUGGUCACAAAGAAGCCAUGUGCAAUGCAGUUUAAGUUCAGGAUUCUUCCCUGACUUUUUUUUCCCUGGAAGUCUACAUUUUAGUUAAAGAAAAUUAUGAAUUAAAAGAUAGUAAAAUGUAUGUAUAUGCAAGAAAGGUCGUUGAAGUUGUUAAUGGUUUGGAAAUUGGAACUCUGUUUAAGGAGUUUGUGAAAGAGAUGUGAGUGAUAUAAGGAAGAAUGGAUUAAAAGUAGGGAGGAUCUUAUAAUUGGAUGUAGUUAGCGGUGCUAAGAUGGGUGCUUGAAUUGAGUUAUUUGCUAAGGAUGGUGAAUGAAACAGCACUAGGGAUGUUUCUGGAAAGUCAAUGAUUACUUCAUUUGUUCUGUGGAAUGUGAUGGUCUUCCAUCUUUGUGGGUCUUAUGAUAAUGCAUUAAGUUUAUUGUUUUACUUAUGUAUAGGUGGCAUGUUAUGGAACAAUUUAAAACCCAAGGAUUAUGGACUUGGCCAUUAUUGGGCCCAUUCAAAGUGAACCAAAGCUAAGGGGCUUCAUUAUUCUGAAGGAAAUACCAGAUAUUCCCAAAUUCCUAAUAAUUUAAAAACCAGUUCUCAAAAGCAGAUGUGCUGUAUAAUGUCUGCUGUAAGUCUUAGGACCAUGUUAUAACCUGGUAGUUUUCAAAUAAAUUCUUAGAUGUUUUUAGUUUUUGAAGCUACUUCUUCCUCUCUUAGUUACUCCCCCAUUUCACUCCCCCCAUUCCACCUUGUUUAAAGAGCAAAUAAAAUUCUAAAUCCAGGUGAAAUGGCUAUCACUAAAUUACAACUUGAGGUAUAUUUUUAUAUUUCUUUUGAAAGUUGUAAACAUAGCAACAAAUUAACUGCAUUCAUAUGAGGCCCUCGAUAACAUAUCUGAGGUAUGAUUUUAGCAGACUCAGUUUACAUAUCCUUGCCAGUUUUUUUUCUUUAGUUAUUCAUUGUAAUGCUUUAAAAGUACAGAAUUCCUAAUCAUUUCUGUGGUGAGGAAUAUGUUAGCACUUCUGUUUUCUAAAAGUUCCUAUGCCCUUUUGCAGGAUCAGCUAAUAGUAUUUGGCUUUCUGCUUUGCCUAAGCAAAUAAUGCUUUAUAUUUUAGUUAACUUUUAGGAAUAAUUUCCUUAUUUUGAAUAGUCUAACAAACAUUUAUCAUAAAAGCUAUACAGUAUUAUUUUGGUUCCAGUCAAAUGUGUACAUUAUGAUAGUCCUCUUUUAAAUUUAUUUAAUUUUAGACAAAUAUCUCACAUUAUUAUUAUUAGAUGUCUAAAUGAAAGGAAUUCAUAAUUUUUACCUGGAAGAUACAUUUUUUAAGCCCAACAUGUUAAUUAUGUUAACAAUUGUAGUAUUUCUUUUAUUAUGACUAAUUGAUAGAGUUGGCACUGAAAUAUAGUAUGGUACCCAAAUUUUAUAGUCAUUUAAAAUUCUACUAUAGUUUGAAACUAUCAUUUGUUUUAGUCAGUACAGGACCUUCUUAGAUGGCCCCUCAGUUUAACAAUUAUAUAUUUUAAAAUAAAUGUAUUUCAGAGCUAAUGUUUAUUAUUGAUUUAAAUGACUAGGCCAAAGUCUUUCCAAGGCUUCCUUUAGUGUUGUGCAAAGAAAUGAAUGGUAGCUGGCUUUCUGCAAGCAGUUGUGGUUAUACAUGGUGUUGCCAGUGUAAAAACUGUCAGUCUCAGGGCAAAGUCUAUAAAGUUGCCUAAAAGGUUUCCAACUUUUUUUUAUCAUUUUGCACUACUUUGUAUUUAAUUUCUCUUUGAAAGUGAAGAUAGAUCAGUUGUUUUCACUUUUGUUUCUAGGUGUUUCCAAUUUCCUGGUCAUCAGGAGAAACCUGCAAUGUUUUCGAUAUCUCACCCAAAUGAAAAACUUAUUUACAAUUAAGCAUGCUUAACAAAAGUGAAGAAAAUAUUUUAUAGUUGGGUAAAACUAAAUCUCAUUUUGAUUCCACUUAAAUAAGACAUUUGCCAACAAAACCCUUUGAAAAUGUGUACUUUAUGUGACCUCUAUGUAAAUAUACAAAAUGAAAACCUUGAAAAGUAUAUGAAAUGCUGUCUUUAAGAUCCAGAUUUCAGCACAAGAAGCUCUGUUUGGGUUCUUUCUGUGCAUGUUUUGACCGCUAAACUUGUUCGAAGGGAAGAGGUCUGGUGAGUUGUAAAUAAGUUUUUUGUUUUUUUUAAAUUGUCAGUAGGUUUUCUUAUGGUCCAUCUGAUGUGAUUAGAAUGACAACUGUCUUCUUAUAUGAAUUCCCUUAAGGAAUUCUGUGGUGGCCUUUUGGGGAAUAUGGUGGGUGUGAUACAUGAAGAAGCUUUAUUUUAAUCAGAAGUAUUCUUGUAACUUUAAAGGUGUAAAAGUUGACACAUCAGACCUUUUCUUCUGUUGGCUGUUAGAUUGUGCAUAAUAGUUGGUAUUGAGAAAGAUAAUCAAUGGCUAUUGUCAAUAGAACAAAAUAAUACAUGAAGUUUUUUAGGGUAAAAUUAUUUAGUGAUUUAUCUAUGUUCCAUUUUCUAUAGCUUUUUAGGCAUGUCAUACUUAAAACUCAACAAGCGACAGGCCUCUCUUUGGGCCUAGUUUAUUUUUGGAAUGCUAGAGUGUGUUUCAUUGGGGAGGAGGGGGUUUUAUUCUUGACAUGCUAUUCCACUGCAUGACUUUUCUAGUCAUUCUUGACUUUGUUUGCAAAUACUGUUGUUCUUAAGAAGUAGUUUUCUGUAUGACAAAUAUGUUUGUGAAUUUGACUCUGUCAGAACUUUAUCUUUCUGUUUAAUUUUUUUCAGAAAAGUUAAACUUACAUUGUUAAGAUUUUAUGUUUGUUUUGUAGAAUUGUACCAGUUAAUCUAAGUAUGGGAUAACAUGGAGUAAUUAAGUUAACAAAUAUGCACUUAUUUGUUUCAAAAAGUUCCUUAAAAAAUUCAGUGCAAUAUUGUAAGUUAAAGAUUCAUGUCAUUAGGGUUAUUUACAUUCAUAACUGUCAAAUGUCAAAUCUAUUUUGGGAUUUGGGGAUGGUGUUCAUUAUUAUCCCUAUGUAUUUCCUUCAGAAGAUUUGAAAAGAUUUCGUCUCCAAAUUUGGAGAUUAUGCCACCACAUAUAGGGAGAAAAUUAGUGGGUUUGAUAUUUAAGGUUUUAAGUUUAUCUACAAGUUUCCUUUAGCAAGCUUAAAUUUAAUGAUUCAGAGCAUUUAUUUACCAAAUAUGAACAAGAGGGAACCAGCAGUUUGAAAUGGGAUUUGAGGACUUUUAGGAUUCUUCCCCCAUUUCCUAUUAUAACAUUAACUAUAGAUUCCCUUUAAGAAAAUUUCAUAUGCAAAUUUUAAAAAUAUGUAUAAGUACACAUAUGUACACACAUACUUGAUAAAGUAUGGAACUAAUUCACUUUACAUAAUCUAAAGUUUUGCAAUCAGGUUUCAGAUUGGAAUAGACUAUAAAUGAAAGGUGGUGGCACCUACUGGCAAAAAGUGACAUUGCAACCCUGGUCUUUUAGACAUGACAAAUAGCCAGACAAAAGAGAGAAUGAAACAAAGUUCUAGAUGCUGAGGGUAUGGAAUCAGAAAUUGCCCAGAUAUAUAAAGAAUUCCUUUGUUUAGGGACAGAGGAGAGAGUGAAUAAGACCGAUAGUCCUAGAGUUAGAAAAGUAAACAACUGGAUAGAUACUCUGAGCAGGUAUAAAUUCUAAUGUACAAAAGUAUGCUAGAAGCUGGUUGCUUUCAUAAGUUGGCGUUGUUACCAAAAGUUCCAAUUAAGUUUCGGGAAUAUAUUCCCCAAUAAAAAGGCCAAUUUAUGAUAAAAGUCAGUGGUAAAAAGAGAAUUUGCUUUAUGUAAAGAUGCUUCACCGGAACACAGCUAUUCUGUGAAUUGAGGGAGACCCGUAUUACUAUUUAGAGGUUGUAUGGAACAAAAAAUACAUUGUUUCUUCUCUAUCUAAACCAGUAUUUAUGAGUAACACUUAAUUGGGUGUCUUUGUGUUGGCAACUUUUAUCAGUAAAUAUUGGUUUACACUUGUGACCAAGAGCCAAGUUUAUAAGGCUGGCUAAUAUUUCUUCUCACCCCACCCCACCCCACCCCCAACCCCUUGUUAAAUGCAAACACUUUAAAGAUAUAUACAUAUGUUGUCUAUGUAUGUAUGCUUGUAUGUAUCUUCAGUUAUAACUUCUGAGUUAAAAAAACUAGAAAUUAUAGAAACACAUAUAAUAGGACAGGCAUCUGACAAAUUGUUUCCUCCCAAUUUAGAAGCUUAUGAGAAACAGUACUUUGAGUCUAACUAUACACCAUUCUAGUGUGUAUUAGUUUUAUUACAGAAUUUUGGGGCAUGCCCUUGGGCUUAUUCAAAAGUGUACAAUAGGAAACUAAAUUUCCUUUCAUAGGAAGGAGAUGUUUUUCUAUUUUGCAACACAUGACUAUAAAGCUUCCACUAUGGGAAGAUGAAUCAUGUAUCAAAUUAAUGAGACAUAUAUAUUUUUACAUAUUUAGAAGGAAUCUAUGUAGAGCAACAUUCAGAACCUAUAUAGAAAUGAUUCUGUAUAGGGCCAAUAUAGAAGCAACAUUCAACACUUAAACAUUUGGACUUUUUCAGGUAGGGAGACUUUAGGUCUUGUAAUGACUUGCAGAGUAUUAUCAUUGAAAUGCAAUCAUUACUGGAAAUUCACUGGGGAAAAAUUGUUAGAAUGUUCUCUUGAAAUGUGUUUAACUUAAAUACAGCAGCUCUGGGCUAGCAUAUAUGUAGGAAACAAGCAAAACCAACUAAAUAAAUCAAUCUGGUUUGCCAGCCAAUCCAGUUUGAGUGAAGUGAAGACACUAAUAGCUUGCAUCGUGAAAAAAACCAACCAACCAACCAUUCUGGAUCUUAGCCUAAGGAUCUGAGAAACAAUCUUACCUGACACAAGAAGACUCACACUUUGAUAGUUUCUAAUAUAACUGUCCAUUUAAGGAGCUAUGAUACAAUUUACUAAUUUAAUCCACAGAUACCUGUUGAUUACCUGUGAGAUCUUGAGUCCAAAGUGGCCUGAAGCCCUUAUCCCUGGAAUUAGAUCUCAAACAAAACAGGUUUGGAUCAGGUCAUUACUUGGAUGGGUGACUUCAGGUCCUGUAGAGUCUUAUAGAUUAAAGAGCUGUACCUGCUUUCCUUGAGUUAGUACUGAUCCUAUAUCCUGCAUGAUGUUGCUGCAGGUACUUUCUCUCAGAAGAGACAUGGAGCCCACAUCCUGAAGGCUUGUGGCAUUUUGAGAGGAAGGUGUUAACUCUAGUGCCCUAGCCAAAUUCCAGCUCAGACAAAUGGGUAUUCCAUCUUGUUUUCAGUGGAAAUGUUCAUCACUUCCCAGCCAACCUGGAUGAACACAGUGUGGGUUGAACUGCUGUUUCCCAUCCCUCCCCACCCAAGUCUGAGAUGCCUGCAUGUACUAACUUGAUGUUAAUCCUUUAACCUACCUCACAGGGAUGUUGUGAGGCCUCAAAAGUUCAUGUUUAUAAAAUGUUCUAAUUUCAUUGGGUAGUUGACUCUUGUAAUUGCUGUGUGGUUAAAUUGAAUUUCUUCUAGGCCAAGUUUGUAAUCUGUGGCUACUGGAGUAUUCCAGCUGUAAAGUGUGAGCUGAAACCUACUUUUCCUCCUUUUUGUUCAUGGUGUGUGUAUGGGAAAAAUACCUGUUCAAUUCUGUCAGGGAGGUCCUAAGUUGAGCAGCAUCUGAGUAACUAAGGCUGUGGUGGUAUCCUUGGAUAGUUUGAAUAUGACUAGCUGGAUCCUUGGAUGCCACAGACACAAUGAGAACUCACCAUUAUUUUUAAUGGUUGUAAUAGCUCUUUCCUCUAGUUGUUAUUUUAAGAGUAAGUCGAAAAGUUGCUUUAUUUUGAGCUUUUUGUGUAUGCACAAUCCCAAACUGGAAGAAACAAAAAUCCUGCUGUGAAAGGUAUAUAUUACUCUAGAUUUUUCUUAUUGUAAAUAUUGUAAGAUUGUAAUACUGUCGAUAUUUUAUUAACCAACAGAUGUUAAUCUAUGUGAAUUCAGACUUAUUUUAAAUGUGCUUCAUAUUUACUGUAUGUUGUUCCUGUUGCAGACAGUAUUAAGUUAUAUUCUGAUGUAAGAUUAACUUUAUUAAAGAAUGUAAACAUUAAUGUUUCCUUUUGGGAAAAGAAAUAAAAUAUUAUAAAGACAAUUCUUUUCAUUGAAAUAUACUGUGUACUUAUGCUUGCUAGACCAGUACCACUUAUCAAUUUAGUACAACUAUUCCAAAAUGUUAAUACAGCUAACAUAGUUGUGCUGUUAUUUGAAAGUUCAAGAAUAAGUCUCGUUGGAAUAUAAAGUUUGUAUCAGUCUGCUGUGAAUCAGAACCUUGACAUUUCUAAUCACAUUUGUAAACUUUUUAUAGUGAAAAUUUUAAUGACUUCAUUUUGAAAAUUCUCCACUAAAGAAUAGUCAAAUCAAUAUCCUUUCAGAAGUAGAGUUGUCUUUAUUGUCUUUACAAAACGACUUUGGUUAUAAGGACCAGAAGUAUGUUAAAGGCUUUAGAGCAGAGUUGUUGAUAUUUGAGUUUACAAGUUAGUCUUCAUUGGAGAUGUGCCAAUAUACAGUAGAAUAUCAUUAAUUUGCACUGAUUAGGGAGCCCUUUGAGGGUACUUGAAUUUUGCCAAUUAAAAAGUAAGCAAAUGCAAUUUUAAAACCAAAUUCAAGGAUUCUGUAUUAAAUAAAUGCAAUUGUUGUGUAAUUAAAAAGCAGUGUUUUGGAAUGUAAUGUAACCCUAAUUUGCUGCCAUGCAUGUCCAUCCCAUUGUUGAGAACUCAGAAUAUGGAAAUACGGCAGAUAGCUCGUGAGUCAACUGGCUCUGAGAGUUUGUGGAAUAUCAAAAUGGAAACUAGCAAGGUUCUACUGUACUGCUUAUUGAAGUAUUGUGAUUAUUUUAGGCAUUUUGAUUCUUACAAAAUAUAUACUGUAACAGUAUACUUUGUACAGAUUUAAAUUUUAUUUGAAAAAUGAAAUAAAGUAGGCAAAAAUAAAGAUGUUUAUUUUUCAUGUGA